AUGUCAAAGAUUCCUGACAUAAAGGAAGGUGAGAAGGUUUACGAAGCUGGUAGCGGUAGCUGUGACUGUGCUUAUUGUGAUUCAACCGGUUUAUGUGCAUUUCCAAAACCCACUCCAACUUGUAUCAAAGCAAUAUUCCCUCAGCCAACUGCCAAAGAACGCGAUACUAUUUGCGGCCACGGCGACAUGACUGAUACUCUCCGAAUACUUAUGAUGGAUAUGCACAAUAUACGACGAGCACAGUUGGCAAGUGGACAACUCAAAUACGACGGACAGUCGUUUCCUUCCGCAACCAAUAUGAAUCGUCUAAUAUGGUCUUGUGCCUUGGAGAAGGAAGCACACGAUUAUUUAGCUACAUGUCCCAAGGAAGCGUACAAAAACCCAACUUGCUUAGGUCCAAUGGAAAAUUUCUAUCGUGCUACUAUAAGCGGUAACUCAUCUACUUUCAAGGAAACGAGCAAAAAGAUCCUCAAACAAUGGUGGGAUGUUUACCAAAACUAUCCUAAUCCCGGAUUGAGCGCAGAUUACACCGCUUCACUCAUCGACACUCCUGUAGAAUCCUACACUCGAAUGGCCUGGGCUCAAACUCGAGAAAUUGGUUGCUCGAUUGCUAAAUGCGGCAACGAAUACCUACAAUCAUGUCGUUAUCGCCCAAACGGGAAUGUUAUCAACAAGCCGAUUUACAAUGUUGGCCAUGUAUGCUCCGAAUGCUACACUCUUGGCGCUGGGCCAUGCGGAUCUGGUGGACUAUGCGGAUAG